UCCCAACCCUGUAUCUUGGUGGCAUUGGGGGCGGCCUGCGUGGAAGACCCUGCCCACCCCGCUGUUAGGAGUGGCAGGAUCUCAGCUGCCCCAGGGGGGUGCUGUUGAUAGCAGGGGUUCAUGGGGGGAGGGGAAACACUGGCAGGCCCAUGGUAGCCCUGAGAGUGACACCUUCGGGGAACCCCUGUGGUACCUUGGUGACCGUCACUGCGCCACGGUCGCUUAAAGAAAACAUUCUGUUUUCUAACAGCAUCUGAGCCUCACCAGUUUUGAUCCAAGGCUAGUAGCAAGGGGGUAAUGUUUCCAAUGUAGAGGCAGCACUUGUAUACAGAUAGCAUAUGAGGCUAAUGGAGCUGUAUUUCCAGGUUAAGAACAGGGACUGUUAUACAGAAGCUCAGAGGGAGUUAAUGAUCAUCUAGUGUGCUUACUGGACCUACACAUCAAGAAAGCUUAAACCAUUUAGAAAGAGACCACCCAGCCCACUACAUGGGCUCUUGUUUUAUCUUUUAAUCUCGCUGUACUCUUCCUUCAGACAGAAGAACUGUUAUGUCAGUGGGCUAUGGAGAUAGGUGCCCACAAGCAAAAUGAGCGAUAUGGGAUUUGGAUUGGAGACUUGGUAUUCUUUUACCUGGGAAGAAGUGGUACAGUGGAUAAACUGUAUGAUCACAUUCUCUCCAUCUUAGCAGAAAACUUAACCUUUAAAGCAGGCACAGCAAUCUAUGAAUAGGCUUGCAACAGGCAAGUGAUGCCUUGGAGGUCUUCCAGGGCACAAUGGAUUUGGCAUAUGUCUGUGAGUGGGAAAAAAGGCCCAAAAGCAACCACUGUCCUUCCAUCCCACUGGUGUGUGCUUGGUCCUGCAGGAACCUGAUUGCCUUCACAACAGACCUCAAAAAUGAGGAGGAAAAAGAUCUUACCCACAUGAUCCAUAUCCUGGACACUGAGCAUCCAUGGGAUGUUUAUUCCAUUAACUCUGGGCACAUUGAAAUCAUCACCUGUUUGGAGUGGGAUCAGUCAGGUUCCAGGCUUCUGUCAGCAGAUGCAGAUGGACACAUCAAGUGCUGGAGCAUGACAGAUCACCUGGCCAACAGCUGGGAGAACACCGUGGGGAGCAUGGUGGAGGGAGAUCCAAUCGUGGCUCUUUCCUGGUUGCACAAUGGUGUGAAGCUAGCCCUGCACGUGGAAAAGUCCGGAGCAUCGAACUUCGGCGAGAAGUUUUCCCGGGUCAAAUUCUCUCCCUCCCUGACUCUGUUUGGUGGGAAGCCCAUGGAAGGCUGGAUCGCUGUGACCAUCAGCGGCCUCGUGACAGUCUCUCUCCUCAAGCCCAAUGGGCAAGUGCUGACAUCCACGGAGAGCCUGUGCCGUCUGCGCUGCCGUGUCGCCCUGGCGGACAUUGCCUUCACGGGUGGGGGAAACAUCGUGGUAGCCACCUCGGAUGGCAGCAGCACCUCUCCCGUCCAGUUUUACAAGGUCUGCGUCAGCGUAGUGAACGAGAAAUGCAAAAUUGACACAGAGAUUCUGCCCUCCCUUUUCAUGCGGUGCACUACGGACCCAGCCCGCAAGGACAAGUAUCCAGCCAUCACUCACCUGAAAUUCCUCGCCAGGGACAUGUCCGAGCAGGUGCUGCUCUGUGCCUCCAACCAGAACAGCAGCAUCGUGGAGUGCUGGUCCCUCCGGAAAGAGGGCUUGCCAGUCAAUAACAUCUUCCAACAGAUCUCUCCUGUGGUUGGAGACAAGCAGCCGAUGAUACUGAAAUGGCGGAUUCUCUCUGCCACCAAUGAUUUGGAUCGUGUUUCAGCUGUGGCUUUGCCGAAACUGCCAAUCUCCCUAACCAAUACUGAUCUGAAAGUGGCCAAUGACACCAAAUUCUUCCCUGGACUGGGUCUUGCUUUGGCCUUCCACGAUGGUAGCGUCCACAUAGUUCAUCGCCUAUCCUUGCAGACCAUGGCAGUGUUCUAUGGUUCUUCCUCUCAGCGCCCAGUGGAUGAGCAGGCAAUCAAAAGGCAGCGGGCAGCUGGUCCUUUGGUUCACUUCAAAGCCAUGCAGCUCUCCUGGACUUCGCUGGCCCUGGUCGGGAUUGAUAACCAUGGCAAGCUGAGCAUGCUCCGGAUCUCUCCCUCCAUGGGUCAUGUGCUGGACAUGAACAUGUCUCUUCGCCACCUGCUCUUCCUGCUGGAAUAUUGCAUGGUGACAGGGUACGACUGGUGGGAUAUCCUGCUCCAUGUUCAACCCAACAUGGUGCAGAACCUGGUGGAGAAGCUGCAUGAGGAGUAUAUGCGCCAGAAUGCAGCCCUGCAGCAGGUUCUCUCUACCCGCAUCGUUGCCAUGAAGGCCUCUCUUUGCAAGCUUUCCUCCAACACGGUGGCACGCGUGUGUGACUAUCAUGCUAAGCUAUUUCUGAUCGCCAUCAGCUGCACCUUGAAAUCGCUGCUCCGCCCGCACUUCCUGAACACUCCAGACAAGAGCCCUGGUGACCGGCUCACCGAGAUCUGCUCCAAGAUUACGGACAUAGACAUUGACAAAGUGAUGAUUAACCUGAAGACAGAGGAGUUUGUCCUGGAGAUGACUACCCUGCAGUCCCUGCAGCAGCUCAUCCAGUGGGUGGGAGACUUUGUGCUCUAUCUACUUGCCAGCCUACCUAACCAGGGAUCCCCUGUGCGGCCAGGGCACAGCUUCCUGCGAGACGGCGCGUCACUGGGGAUGCUUAGAGAGCUCAUGGUGGUGAUCCGGAUCUGGGGCCUGUUGAAGCCAAGCUGCCUCCCUGUUUACACGGCAACCUCAGAUACCCAGGACAGCAUGUCCCUGCUCUUCAGGCUGUUGACUAAACUCUGGCUGUGCUGUCGCGAUGAACCUCACCCGAGCGAGCCAGACGAUACCCUGAUUGACGAGUGUUGUCUUCUCCCCAGCCAGUUGCUUAUUCCCAAUGUAGACUGGUUACCCAUCAAUAACGGCAUUAUCAGCAAGCUGCAGAACAAGCAGCUCAUCAGGCUGCAGUUCGGGAAGGCCCCUGGACUCAUUGGUCACACUGUUUCAUCGCAGUUUGAUGUCUUUGUCAGGGCACCAGGGCAGCCAAAAAUUGACCACUUGAGACGGCUUCACUUAGGGGCAUAUCCAACAGAGGAGUGCAAGUCGUGUACCCGCUCCAGACGUCGUCUGUGGCCUCGUUCGUGCAGUUGGCUGAGCUCCUGUUGCAUGCCCAGAAGGCUCUGCUUAGGUAUUCUGCUGAAAGAAAAGAACGAAAACAACAAAUGUCUCAGCUCUCUAUCUUAUAGCUGAGCUGCCUUGCAAAGUACCAAGACGCAAAAUGUUUCACUCUCGUUGCUGCAUCAUCGCCUGCCCCAAGUACAAAUGUCAGAGGAGAAACUAUGACAGAUUAUUAGCCCCUGGAAGGGGAUGUUUCAAUGUGCUCUGCUGGUGGGAGGGCCACCGUUCAGGUUGGCCUGGUGGUGAAGGUUCUGGGUUCCAUUUCUGGCUUUGCUACUGGUUUCUGUAUGACUAUUGUCAAGUCACUUAAUCUUGCUGUGCUUUAGUUCACUGCCUGUGAAAUGAAGAUAGCAACACAUCUUUUGAGAUUGCAAACUCUGUGGGGCAGGGACUGUCUCUUCCUAUGUGUCUGUGCAGCACCUCAGACAAUGGAAUGCUGAUCUGGGCUGAGGCCUCUGGGUAUUCCUGUUAUACACGUUAAUAAGAAUUCCUUGCAGACGCUCCUAGCUGAAGGUGACUUUUCUGGGUAAUAUACUUUACUCACUUCUGAUUAGUCACCAGCAAGAGCUCUACUGCAUAUACACAGCCUUUUCCUCUGAUCUUUUAAACUACACCUUGUCUGGUCUGAGCCCAAUGGAAAGCAGAGAUGCGAGGUCUUGGUCCACGCCCAUCGAAAAAAGAGCUGGAUCUUGGCCUUAAAUAUGAACUAUGCAUCCCAGUGCAUGGCGGGUAAGCCUGACCUGUUUUGCUAGCAUCCAGAGUCCUGGGGCAUGGAUGAUUUAAUUUGCUGAGUACCUCCGAAUUAUGUACCUGGUCCUUCCAGGCGGGAGAAUUGUUCUGAGUGAGGCACGCUGACUCCAAACUUCUGUACCGAGCUCUGUAGCUUUGCAUCAGAUAAAUACGUGGUGAUGAUCAAUCUAAGUACCUGGGCAGAGUGAUGCCUUGACAGCAUUUCCUAAGCAGAGCUUUCAUUGAUUGAGCUGGUUUCUUGUAAAGUAGCUGCUGACAGAAAAGAAGCUCUCGCAGCCUAUGCACUUUUGAGCUGACGUAGACAUUUCUUGCAUUAAGAUGGAAGACAAAUUAUAACCCCUCUAAUGAGAUUCAGGGAUGGAUGUGGACCAGGGACACCUGAAACUGACUUGCCCACAUGUGACCUGAGCUGCAGAUGGGAGGAGGUUACAUGAUGGAUCCUAAAAUGGCACUUGGUUGCUUUGAGCUCCCGUCCCACCACUUUGAAUACUCUGAAUUAAGUAAUCUAGGGGGGCAGAUUAAUGAUGCUCCCCCUCCACAGCUGUAAUGGCCUGAGUUGAAUUUGCCCCAGACAUGGGGAUUAACCCCCCUGUCCUCAUGAAUCCAUGGGAUCUUUAAGGAACACAAGUGGAAUCAGGGGCUCAGUUUUGCACCUCCAUCAGCACAGCGCCCUCUACAGCACUGGGGCAGAUGCAAGAACACCAACCUUUGCCACCGCUCAUCCCUUGAGGACUUCCAGUCCAAUAUAGACCUGACUCAACUCUGCUUAGCUCCAGGGCUGGGCUGAUUGAGGGGGGAAGAGGGGGCAGUAGUACCAGGGCCCUAAGCAUCUGUAACUGGGCUGAAAUGGAAGGGGACCCCAGUGAACAUGGUACAUUAAGGCAGUGGUUCCCAAACUGGGGUUUGUGACCCACUGGGGGUUUGCAAAACGUUACAGGGGGUUCUCAGGAAAAAAUUCCCUAAUGGCAGACAGAGCUGUCCCUAGGGACCCUGGGCAGCACGGGGCCAGCAGUGUGGAGUCCCUGGACUUCCAAGAGCUAAGCAGAUCAAAGCAAGCAUCUAUCACAGUGAGGAGAUUGCAACUUCAGGACUCCUUAUAAGAAAUGGAAAGGGAGGUGGAUAUUUUUGGCUGUUUUUUAAAAUGAAAUAGGCAGC